GACCUCUUUUGACAGCUUGCCGGGUGAGGUAUGGGACCAUGCACGCAUCAAAUUCCUCACGUCAAGAAUUUUCACAUCCCUAGUCGCGAAGAGUCAUUGCGGGACCAUGAUUGUACUUCAAAGUCACAGAUUCAUCACUACGGCUCCGAGAGCGGAGAGAUAAAAAGACGUAUUUUUGUUCCAGCCAGCGUAUUCUUCGCGGGUACAUCAUGGAUCCUAUGCUAUUGAUGAACCCGAGCAGCACAAUUACCUAUGAUCAGGUGUCGGACAUGGAUGCGAAUGCGGACUGCACAGAGCUAUAUCAAGUCCUGCCACCGACGCAUAUAACCGAAAUUCCAGUUGAAAUCCUUAGCGUUAUCAUGGAGUUCACCAUGCCACCGACUCAGCAUUUCCUAGAUUCCACUGUCAUUGCUCGUGACAAUCGUUCCUCGCGGUCUUGUUCGCUGCAGACCCUUAGGAACAUUGUGCUAGUAUCCAGGUACUGGUAUAAUGUCGGCAUCAAUUUCCUCUAUCGCCAUGUUGUGAUUCUGCAGAGCAAGCAACUCUUCGCGCUUGCACAUGCUGUUUCGAACAACCACAGCCUUAGCGAGCUAAUACUAUCUCUGCACCUGCAGUGUUAUGUUUCGGUGUUGCAGGCGGUUACAGUCUCAAUGACUCUGGACGACAUCUUGGCAGUGACUCCAAAUCUCACUAAAGUUACCAUUGCGCCCAUCUUGAACAGACGCCACUUUUUUCUUGGUCACGAGUUUCUCCGCAUGGUCACUCUCGCGCAGAACACCCCCUCUCGCACCACAGAUCUGCACUUCCGUAUCAAUCCCACGCUAAUAGAAACCCUGAACCUCUUGCCAGCUUUCACAUGCCUCACUACUUUCCAUAUCGAUAUGUUCAUCGGAGGAAACGAUGCACUCCCCACCGGGCACAUACAUCUUGCCUUUUUGGAAGAGCUGCACAUUACUUGGCAGCCGCACCAACACGUCAUGAACGUCUUUUCUGCACUGGCUGAGAUCCUCAGCCUCCCCUCUCUUCGACGUCUCCUUUUGACAUCACAAGCUGCUGGCGGCGCGAUUAUUGAGCCACUGUUGCGUAAAUUUGGACACAGUCUCCACUUUGUCUCGUUGGUUAGGCCACAUAUAAAGCAUGUCCAUCCUAAUAGGUUUUACUACUCUCCUCCCCCUCCUCCUCCCCCACUAGUGACUCCACUACUUUCCAUGUGUCCAAAUUUACGCCACCUCGCCACAGACACACAUUUUCCAAUCCGAAUGCCUAUGCAUGCACACUUGACAUGGGUAGACUUAUGGGUUCCGAGAAAAUUCUUGGAUCCAAGCGAACAGUCAGCUGUGACUCUCGUUCCUCACGAAGAGAGAGUCAAGCUCCCUUCGUUGCGGGGGGUGCGGUUACUCGAUCUUUCUUUAUUCCCGUUCAGUGGCGUGCGCACGCCGCUCCUCAUACCGCCAGAUAUGGUUGGGAGCACGGAGAGCGUCGCUUGGACUUAUUCGAGUCUGGACUUACGCCAUGACCCUGGAUUACUUUAUAGACAAAUGAUGGACAACGUGCUAGCUGAGAGUCUGGAGCACAGGUUGUGACCAGGAUCUGUAUGUUGUACAACGGGUUAGCGUGCGAGUCUUGGGUAAUAGAAGAAUGUCAUUGUAUAUAUGACUGGAUCUGCAGCGUGUUGGCGACACUGAGUAUAUUAC